AUAUAUACGUGAGUGCCGGCUGUGAUACAAUUAACUCCAUUUGCAAACGGUACGUUCAGGAAGGCAUUUCAAUCUCAUCUUUCUAAAUCAGAGGAACGGUCUGAGAACGACGGACAGCUUUCGGUGGCGGAGAUACCUUCGUCUGCUAAAUCACGGCGUUUAUCUCGUCUUAUUUUUUUAGUAAAGGGAUUUUAUAUGUUUACGUCCAGGGAAUGAAGAAGCACGAUACACAACAUACAUGUACAGGUUUGUAGCAGUGCUGCAGCACCACCGUGAAGGGUGUGACUAUAUUUGAAUACCAAGCACCUCGUCAGGUUUUCGAUAGGACUGCCCUAUUGCAUCAUAUCGUCUGCAGCCGGAGGAGAUAGUGCUGACAAAAUGACGGACGAAGUACUAAUCAAUACUAUGUCGGAGGAUUCGGCCAACAAUCUCACGAAUGUGACCUACACUUCAGAGGAAAGCGAAGGAAUGGAUUUCGACUACAGUGACUUAAUGCCUCAGACGAUUGGCGAGUAUUAUUACUACGAAGGUGACAUCGAAAACAUAUUAGAACCAUGGAAUACCGUGUCCUACUUCAUCCCAUCCAUCAUCAUCUUCGCCGUUGCGUUUAUCGUCGGGGUAGCGGGGAAUUCAAUGGUCAUUUUCGUAAUGGUUGGAGACAGAAAAUCUCGGAGCGUCACGACAUUGUUUUUGGUCAGUUUGGCCGCAGCAGACCUGUUCUUUCUGUUGAUAUGUGUACCUUGCGAAUUGAUCAAGCACUUUCUCUUUAACACGGUAACAAUAGACGCAGCAGUGUGUAAAGUCGUCGGGUUUAUAGAAGUUCUCACUGGAAUGGCUUCUGUGCUGAAUUUAAUGGCUGUUAGUAUCGAAAGGUACGUGGUGAUCAUUUACCCAAUGAAGGCACGCUCGUUCUUCACGAUGGGCAGUAGUACCAAGAUUCUAAUAUUUGUAUGGGCUUUAGCCAUCAUAUUCUCUGCACCUACAUUGCAUGUGAUUGGCGUCGAAUACAACUCCUACUUUAAAAACCACACCAGGUCAGGGCCAGGACAGGUUUUCGUGAAGCAGCCAAUGUGUGUUGAGACGGUUGAGGACGCCGGCAGGACAGCCUACGCCUACUAUCAGUUGUUCUUCAUGUUUAUAAUCCCAACAUUCAUCAUGUCGUUUUGUUACGCAUGCGUGAUAUGGGUACUGUGGGUGAGCACGAAGGAAUUGGCCAAGAUGACCGGGCCAACUGGUCCAGACAGGGAGGUGUACGUUGACGAAGACUGCCGGACAGGCCUGACCCAGGCACUUCAUGACGGCCCACGAAAACAGACCAUCACGAAAGCUGCCAAGGAACACAGUGCCGCCAUACAGACAGCACGGAAACAGGUGAUCAAGAUGCUUAUUACCGUGGUCAUUAUCUUCCUGCUCGCCUGGGGACCAAAACUCAUCCUCAAUGUGAUGAUCAAGCACGAACUCACAUUCCUCUUUGCGACGGGGUCGGACGUCGGCAAGAAUUUCAUCAACUUACUGCCGUACAUACAGAGUUGUCUCAAUCCGAUUGUCUACGGGUUCAUGUCCAGCAACUUCCGGCGGAGCAUGCGCUAUGCUUGCCGGACGUACAUCUGCCGGAACAAGGACGUCUUAACCUGUCUAAUACCCCAAAAAGAGCGAACCUCAGAAUACGAAAUGGAGACAAAAACCAACGGAACUACGCAGACAGCAAUCCCAUCACGGUAUUCGCCGCCUGGACGGAAAAGUCUACGCCGCGGACCGGAGCCCGGCACGGAAACUGAGUUUGAUAGCGUGAACUUACAAGAAAGUCGUUGAAAUGCUCUGAUUACUUUUAGUAGGAAACGCAUUGGGUGUUUGCAUUUACUUGCAUUGCUGGCCCGUUAAAGAGUAAUUGCUUGCCUGGGAGAUCGCUAUUUGCGUGGUCGUCGCACACCCAGCGCAGAAGAGUUCUCCAUGCCGCAAGAUACGGUUCGUUCGAUACUCAGGUCAAGACAUGGAAGAGCAGUGGGCGAAUACAUAGCCAAAAUAAACGUCGCCCUUCAGAGAGAGUUGCCACAGUGAUACAACGAAUAUUUCACGACUGCCCUGGUUACAAGUCAAGAGGAUUAGGUCCAACAGUGGGACCGCUUUUUAAGCGUUAUCGGGCGUGUCACGUAAGAUGCGCGCUGUUGAAGACCGUUAACACUGUUUAGGCGCGGUCCGGCCGUACCUUCAGAUGAAAUGACGUUUCGACAUAUGGAGGUGUUUAUAGGUUGAGAAGCUUUUGUUAUCUGCCUUGUUCGACCAGAUCAGCGCCCAUAAGCUUCCUCAGGAGUAGACUGAUGGUUGCUAGAGUGCUAAAUGUGACAUGAAGGAUAAAUGACACCAUCGAUAUCAAAGGACGUGAUGUAUAUAUGAGAAAAUUUGCCUUCCUUACCAGCGUGGCCAUCUACUAACAGAAGGUGAACUAUCAUGCAAUAUAUGGAGGCUAUUUUUAUUGCCUAUAGAUCGCCUGUUCCUCUUUUAUUUACAUAGCAAUUAAUUGAAGGAGGGCACAUUUUCUUAUGCAUGUAGCCUACAUGUAGUGUCCUUCCGAAAGUUAUACCAGAGUCUUUCAAUAAAAAUUGAAGGACUCUGGUUAUGGUAAAUAUUUUAGAGAUCACCGUCAUGGUAAUCAGUACUAUUACGAUAACCAUGUUUGUUUUUCAUUAAUUUUUUUGUAAUAACAAAAUAAUAGCGUACUAGUAUCAGCGUUAGCGUGACGAUGAUCUGUGAGGGACAAUUUGGCCAGAGCUACAUGCAGGAUGUCAAAUUCGUUACUGAUUAUGACAGUUAGGGGACUGGGUGAUGUAUUAUUCAGCGAUAUAUAUAUAUAGAAUUGUUGUACAGUGAGAUAAGAGAGACCCCUAUUAGCGAAUUCGUGCAACUCAAUUUGACCUCUCUGGUUUCUGCCUAUAUAGUCUCCUUUUAAAUCUCUAUAUGACUUCAGACUAGAAUAAACCGUAUUGUUCUUUUCCUGGUCGUGGUUUAAUACGUCUGUCAGUUUCGUGGUGUACAGGUGUCAUGCGACAUCGUUGUCACAUCCGCACUUAUUUUACUACAAUAGAAAUGCACAUAAAUUGGAUUGUUCACAGCUUGUAUUAUAAUUAUCUCCCACAUCAUCGUCAUCAUCACAGUUAUCAUCACCCUCAUCCUCAUCCACAUCCACAUCCUCAUCAUCCUCAUCAUCAUUAUAAUCAUCACUAUCAUCAUCGUUGUCGUCAUCAUUAUCAUCGUCAUC